AUGGCGGAGUGUGUUCGCCUCUGCGACGUGGGCCCUUCGCGGAGAUGUCGGUGUCGCCAGCAGCCGGGGCCGGCCGAGACAGCGGCGGCCAACAGUAAGCCGGAUUCGGACUCGGGAGAGGAGCACGUCGCGGCGGGCGCGGCGGCGCUGUGCGGAGCGGGGGGCGGCGGGAGCGCGAGCCCCUCGCCGCCCCCGCGCAGCUCGCUGCUGGGGCUGCCUCCCGAGCUGCUGGUGAAGAUCUUCACCUUGCUCCCCGGCACCGACCUGCCCAGUCUGGCGCAGGUCUGCACCACUUUCCGUCGCAUCCUGCACACCGACGCCAUCUGGAGACUGCGCUGCCAGGAGGAGUAUGGCGUUUGUGAAAACUUGCGGAACCUGGAGAUCAUGGGUGUGUCUUGGCGAGACGUCUACGCGAAGCUGCUCCACCCCUACAGGCACAUCUUGGGAUUGUGGCAGCCAGAUAGCGGGCCCUAUGGAGGACUGCUGAAUGUAGUGGUGGACGGCUUGUUCAUCAUUGGUUGGAUGUACCUGCCUCCCCACGACCCUCAUGUGGAUGACCCAAUGCGAUUCAAGCCCUUGUUUAGAAUUCACCUGCUGGAGAGGAAAUCAGCCACGGUGGAGUGCAUGUAUGGCCACAGAGGGCCCCACCUCGGCCACAUCCAGAUUGUGAAGAAGGACGAGUUCUCCACCAAGUGCAACCAUACGGACCACCACAGGAUGUCUGGUGGGAGGCAAGAGGAAUUCCGAACAUGGCUGAGAGAAGAGUGGGGGUGGACGCUGGAGGACAUUUUCCACGAGCACAUGCAGGAGCUCAUCCUGAUGAAGUUCAUCUACAGUCAGUAUGACAACUGCCUGACCUACCGCCGCAUUUACCUCCCGCCCAGCAGCCCAGACGACCUCAUCAGGCCAGGCCUCUUCAAAGGCACCUACGAUAUCCAUGGCCUAGAGAUUGUCAUGCUCAGCUUCCAUGGGAAGCAUGCCAAGGCCACGAAGAUCACGGGUGACCCCAACAUUCCUGCUGGGCAGCAGACGGUAGAGAUCAGCCUCAUGCACCGCAUCCAGCUGCCUGACAUCGAGAACCUCCGCAAUUUCAACGAGCUCUCCCGCAUCGUCCUGGAGGUUCAUGAGCAGGUGAGCCAGGAGCAGCAGCGGCAGAAAGACAGCACCGAGGACAGCGAGGGCCACAGUUGGCAGGGUCCCGGAGAGCCUCAGCAGGGACCUGCCCAGCCCAGGGUCGGGCCACCCACUGAGAAGGUCAGGGAGCCUGGGGCCCCAGCUUUGGAGGGGCAUCCUGUCCAGUUUGUUCUGCCUGUGGGCGUGGUUUCAAGUAACGAGGACUACCCUCGAACAUGCAGGAUGUGUUUAUACGGCACGGGCCUCGUCGCUGGCCAUGGCUUCACCAGCCCCAAGCGCAUCCCGGGGGUCUUCAUCCUGUUUGACGAGGACCACUUCGGGUUCAUCUGGCUGGAGCUGAAAUCCUUCAGCCUGUACAGCAGAGUCCAGGUCACCUUCCAGAAUGCGGACGCACCAUCCCCACAGGCCUUCGAGGAGAUGCUCAAGGACAUUCAGUCCCUGACUUCCUGACGGCCCCCUUCCCUGUGGGGGUAGGGUGGGGAGGGGGUGGCUUGGAUGUCCUGGGAAGAGCAGCAGCAUGCACUUGAGAGAUUUGACCAUCUGACCAGAACACCCACCUUCUUGUAGGUGUUUUGGCCCAGCCACCCAGACACUUUCUAUAGAGUGGGCAACAUACGCCUACAUAUUUGUCAGUAGCUGAUGGGAAAGCUGAGCUGAGCAUGUCUUAUUAAAAAAAAAAAAAGAAAAGGUUCUGAAAUUAGAUUGUGGUGAUUGUUAGAUUGUACAACUCUUAAUAUAAUAAAAAACACUGAACUAUACAUUU